UUGGCAAUGCAGUUUGGAUGGUUGGGCUGGCCCCGUUGGCUGCACCGAGAGAGAGAGAUGCAUUUUUCCAUUCCUCCUCCGGCCCCUUCGCCAUAGCUCCUGCCCCUUCUCUCGCAUCGCAUCGCAGCACUCCACUCCACUCCACUCCGUUUCCUUACUUCCUUCCAUCUCCACUCCUCUGUCGCAUCCCGCCUUUUCAUGUCCUCGCUUUCAAUUUCUCUCUCUCUCUCUCUCUCUCUCUCCUGUAGUAGUCGUCAUCUGAAUUCAUUCUUCUCCCUGUCUUUUCGCUUUCGGGAUCCAGCGACCAGGCUUUAGACGGUUUUCGUCCCGCGUGCUUUUUCAGAAUUUAUUUGGGCCGUGAGGUUGUUGGAUCUGGUGGUCUCUUGUUGAAUGUUAGUGAAUGAAGUGAAGGAAGCUGGUUUGCGAGGUUGCAUUUUCGAUGCAGGGAUUGGCGCAUUGGUUUCGGAGAUGCUUGCGGUAUCAGGGACUUUGGAAUGAAGCUCAGUAGUGCUAUUGGUGGUUCUGAGAAAGAGAAGCCCAUGGACGGAUUGGUGUUGAUGACUUCCUAUCUGCUUGUUACGCAGAAUUGAAGCCUUCUGAAAAUUUCGAGUACAGUGUUUUGGUUUUCAGGACCGAGAGUCUCCAGGGUCAUUCAAGCUUACAGGAUAUAUCGUCUUCUUCAGCAUUUGUGAUUAUAUAGCCGGCGUAGGCAGUGCAUCGGAUCGCAGUCGCAGUCCCGGACUCCUUGUCGCUUGAUCGUGAGUGAAGAUCGACCUUACUGGAUGCGGUGAGUCAGGCAGAUUCGAAGCAUGGCAUUCGCCCAGACGCACAAGAGUUCCCGGCCCCUUUCCGUGAACUCUCUCAAGAAUCAGGCUUGCCCGUCGCCCUCUCAACCUAUUUCUUCUUCCACCUCUACAACUUCUCGCCCCAAGUCCGCCUCGGUUUCUUCCACGACUUCUUCAACCUCUGUCUCUUCUACUAGGCGCCAGAGCAAUGGAUCGACCAGACAAUCUCAUGACGGCGGCGUAGCUAAUCGAGUACGAGUAACGGUACGGUUGCGACCAAGGAAUGCAGAAGAGUUGGAGUCUGAUCGUGAUUUUGCCGAUUGUGUGGAGCUUCAACCCGAGCUGAAAAGGUUGAAGCUCCGCAAAAACAACUGGGACUGUGAGACGUAUCAAUUUGAUGAGAUCCUCACGGACACCGCUUCCCAAAAACGUGUUUAUGAAGUUGUUGCAAAACCUGUCGUGGAGAGCGUCCUUGAAGGGUACAAUGGUACAGUCAUGGCCUAUGGCCAAACAGGCACAGGAAAGACGUUUACUCUCGGUAAGCUAGGUGACGAAGACACAGCUGAUCGAGGAAUCAUGGUCCGUGCUUUGGAGGAUAUCUUGGCUGUUAUCAACCCUGUACAUGACACAGUUACUGUGUCGUAUUUACAGCUCUACAUGGAAUCAGUACAAGACCUGCUAUCACCUGAAAAGGAUAACAUUGCAAUUCAAGAAGACCCCAAGACAGGAGAUGUGUCGGUACCUGGUGCCACUCAAAUUCAAGUGACUGAUCACCAGAGCUUCUGCAACCUAUUAGACGUUGGUGAAGCAAAUCGAUUUGCUGCGAAUACAAAACUUAAUACAGAAUCCUCGCGAAGUCAUGCGAUUUUAUUGGUACAAGUGAAGAAAGCAGUGAGAAAUAAGGAGGUUGUUGUUCCUCCUGAGAAUGGGAAUGGAGGCUCGCAUUCAGUAAAGGGGAUGCGUGCACCUACGAUUCGAAAAAGCAAACUCCUCAUUGUAGAUCUCGCUGGUUCAGAACGUGUUGAUAAAUCAGGCAGUGAAGGCCAUACAUUGGAAGAAGCUAAGUCUAUCAAUUUAUCAUUGACAGCAUUGGGGAAGUGUAUCAAUGCUUUAGCGGAAAACAGUCCUCAUGUGCCCAUUCGGGAUUCUAAAUUGACGAGACUUUUACGUGAUUCAUUUGGUGGAACUGCUAGAACAUCCUUGAUUGUGACCAUUGGACCUUCACCGAGACAUAGAGGAGAAACAACCAGUACUAUCAUGUUUGGACAGCGAGCCAUGAAGGUCGAAAAUAUGGUCAAGUUAAAAGAGGAAUUUGAUUAUAAAAGUCUUUGUCGAAGGAUGGAAGCUGAACUAGACAGGCUCGUCGCCGAGAAUGAGAGGCAGAUAAAGAUUCGACUGGAGAAUGACGAAGAAUUAGACCGAGUAGUGGAGGAAAGUCGUCAGCUUGUUAUGGAAGCUGAGACUCGGCUUCAAACUGCAAUGGAUUCUAUAAAUGAAGAGCGAAGUAUCUACGAACGGGAAGUGUCCGAAUUGCGGCAAAGUUGUGAGAAAGGAUGUGAGGAGGUGGAGGAACUCCGACGGAGACUGGAAGAGGUUAUUCAUGUUCGGGACAAGCUGCAGGAGGAAAUCCAAGCGCUUGCUUCCGAACGCCAGAAUGAUCAACAAGAGAAGCACACGCAAUUAGAGAACCUGAAGCUGCAGAAAGAGAUGACGGAAAAAAUGGAGAAGCAUCAGAAAGAAUUAAUGCAGCAAGUGGAGAAACAUCAGUUAGAAUUGGCAACAGCACUGGAGAACGAGAAGCGUGAGCGGGAACAUCGUGAACGCUUGGAAGAAGAGCUGGCCAGCCAACUACUUAAGAUUGAGGAGCUUGAGCGUGUCGAGGAGCGCCGAAGUCUUACGUCUCAAAUCCAACGAGAUUCAGAGGUGUCCAAUGUCCAAAAGAAGGAAAUUGAGGAACUUCGGACACUGCUAGAAAAUGAACGUCAGAGGAGGCGCGAAGAAUCUGUUGGUCAAAGUAAAGAGAUUGCGGAGCUUAGCACCUUGCUGGAAAAUGAACGCCAGAAGCGCGAGGAGUUAGAGCAAGAGCUAAAGUCUACGAAGACCCAGAUGUCAAAACGGGGCGUGAAUGGAAGCCUGACAAAGCAACAAGGCGACGAACUUCUCACGGUGAGGCACAGGCUUGAUGAGGAGCUGAGGGAGAGGGAAAGAAUGGAGGAGGAAAUCCGCCAUCUCAAGGAGCAAGUUGCAGUCCUUACCGAGGAGCAUGAGGAAGUGCACUCGAGGAGAAUUAUGACUAAUGGAGGCAUGGGUUCAGGCAGGAGCUCAAUUGGUUCAGAAAGCCCACUUAUAAGUAUGAGUAAGCCUAGUCAUAUGCGAGACACUAUCAAUGGCCAAAGAGCAACCAUUGCCAAGCUCUUUGAACAAGUUGGCCUGCACAAGAUACUCUCCUUGCUGGAAUCUGAGGAUGUUGAUGUUCGCGUCCACGCUGUAAAGGUGGUGGCAAAUCUCGCAGCUGAAGAAGCCAACCAGGAGAAGAUAGUAGAGGCUGGAGGCUUGGGAUCCUUGCUCAUGCUUCUACAAAGCUCAGAAGAUGAAACCAUUAGGCGUGUAGCUGCUGGUGCUGUGGCCAAUCUUGCAAUGAAUGAGACAAAUCAAGAAUUAAUUAUGUCUCAAGGAGGAAUAGGUCUUUUAGCGCGAACAGCUGAUGAUGCUGAAGAUCCUCAAACACUGCGAAUGGUAGCCGGUGCUAUAGCAAACCUAUGUGGCAAUGACAAGUUGCAGGUCAAACUCAGGGAAGAAGGAGGCAUUCGUGCACUCCUUGGCAUGGUUCGAUCACGACAUCCCGACGUGCUGGCCCAAGUUGCGCGGGGAAUUGCUAACUUCGCCAAGUGUGAGUCACGUGGUGCUGCUCAAGGUUACAAAUUAGGGAGAUCUUUACUUAUCGAUGAUGGAGCCUUGCCUUGGAUUGUAGCCAAUGCUAACAAUGAGGCAUCACCGAUUCGCCGUCAUAUCGAACUGGCUCUUUGUCACUUAGCUCAACAUGAAGUGAACGCCAAAGACCUUGUUGCGGGAGGCGCUUUGUGGGAACUUGUGCGAAUUUCUCGUGAAUGCUCAAGAGAAGACAUUCGAAAUCUUGCUCAACGUACUUUAAAUGCAAGUGGGACUUUUCAAGUUGAAUUAAGGCGCCUCCAUUUAGUCUAUUAAAUUCAAUUAAAUCAAUUUUCCCUCCGAUCCAUCAUUUAGGUGGUUCCACAAUUGUUAUCCUCCCUUUGUAUAAUUUGUUAGCACUGCCACCAUCAUACAUUUAGUCGCAACCAGAUUAGUUGUAAAAUCUUUGAUUUAGACUUUAAAUAACUAACUUAAGAGUUUGUGUAGAAUAUGUUGACAACACAGAGUUUUGCUUCUAUGCAUCGUAAACAAUCUUAGAAUUAUAGCCAGAAGAUAACCUUGCACCUUUACCUGAAAUAGUUAGUCAGAAAGAUCAUGCCCGAGCUGCAUGAAUGUGUCAGAAUAUUUUUUGAAACAAUGCAGGUUUCAAUUAGUUAGCCAAUUUGCACCCUCUCA